GCACCUGUCACCUUCGGAGUGUUUCUGACUAGUCAUCUUGGAUCUCGGCUUCGUUACAGACCUGGGGCGGCAUAUGAGACAUCCUUGCUCAAUAAUACCUAAACGUUCUUGUGUUAGCACAGGGGGGUAUACUACUAGGUUUUCAUAACAACAACUCAUACUCCGUUGUUCAUACAUCAUACUGAGGGGUAGAGGGAAAGAAAGAAGAAAAGAGAACAAUACCUCUAGAGUUCUCCGCCACAAUGUCUCACAAUCAUCCCUUCGACCCUAUUCGUCCCGACGAAAUCUCUCUCGCCACAACCAUCCUCAAAGCCUCUCUCCCAGGCGUCAACCUUCGCUUCAAGGUCAUCGACGUCAAGGAGCCCAUCAAGAAGGAUGUCAUCCCCUAUAUUGAGGCUGAGCGGACAGGCCAACCGCUCCCCCCGCCACCUCCACGCCUGCUAUACAGCUACUUACACCGACUGGACACCCAUGCGUUCCUCAAGGCCGUCAUCAACGUAGACACCAAGGCCGUCAUUUCCCUCAAGGAGCUGCCGAGCCAUAUCCAGGGCCCUGUCGAUAUCGAUGAGAUGAUUGGUCUGGAGACGGUCUGCCUGCAGCACCCCAGAGUCAUCGAGGAGAUCGCCAAGCUGCAACUGCCGGAGGGCGUCACCGUCUGUACAGACCCCUGGAUCUACGGCACCGACGAUGAGAAGGAGAACCGCCGCCUAGUGCAGUUCUACAUGUUCAUCGUUCCCGUGAACCAUCCACAGUCGAACCAUUACUCGCUGCCGUGUGCUUUUUCUCCUGUUCUGGAUGCCAACACCAGCGAACUCGUCCGUAUUGACUACCUGCCCACAGGUGGCGAUCACAGCACCACUGAGACACAGCCGUGGAAGCCGGUCAAGGCUGUCGAGUACGCUCACGACCUCAUUGAGACGCCACCGAGACAGGAUCUCAAGCCAUUGAUUGUGCAGCAGCCCGAGGGCCCAUCUUUCUCUCUGGAAGGCCACCUUGUGCAGUGGCAGAAAUGGCGGUUCCGCGUCGGCUUCAACUACCGUGAAGGCUUGGUGCUGUACAACCUCGCCUUUGACGGCCGCAAUGUCUUUUACCGUCUGUCACUGUCCGAGAUGACGGUGCCCUACGGUGAUCCACGACGGCCCUUCCACCGUAAGCAGGCCUUUGACGUGGGAGACGUUGGACUGGGCAUCACCUGCAACCAGCUCAGCCUGGGCUGUGAUUGUCUCGGCCACAUCAAGUACUUUGACGGCUUCCGCAUCAACUCCCAAGGCCGGCCCGUGCAUCUUCAAAACGUCAUCUGCCUCCAUGAGCAAGAUGCGGGCAUCCUGCACAAGCACACAAACUACCGUAACGGUGAGGCCACAGUUGUGCGAAACCGCCAGUUGGUGGUGCAAAUGAUCUGUACCGUGUCCAACUACGAGUACAUUUUUGCCUGGGUGCUGGACCAGGCGGGCGGCAUCGAGUUCGAGAUUCGUGCCACGGGCAUCUUGUCGACCAUCCCCAUUGACGACAACGAGGGCCUGAAGCUGCCAUUCUCGACGCCCGUGGGCCCUGGCGUCUCGGCACCGUAUCAUCAGCACAUCUUCAACUUGCGAGUCGACCCGGCUAUUGAUGGCUUCAACAACACGGUUGUAUACGAGGACAGCGUGCCCCUGGUGCCCGAGGAACACGGCAUAGAUGACCCUUACGGCGUUGGAUACGUGGCCAAAACAACGGUUCUCGACCGCGCAGGCUUUGCCGAUAACAAUGUUGAGCUUGGCCGAGUCUUCAAGAUCCGCAACGACAGCGUCAUCAACGCCAUCAGCCACAAGCCCGUCGCCUACAAGGUGCAGACGGUGGCCAGCCAGCGCAUGAUUAUGUCGUCUCGCUCAUUCAACGCCCGUCGAGCGCGCUUCCACGAGCAUCCCGUCUGGGUUACCCGCUACCAAGACGACGAGCUCUAUGCCGCUGGCGAGUUCACCAACCAGAGCCGUGAGAGCACUGGCGUGGAUAAGUGGGCGGCGCGAGGCGACAACAUUCAGAACCAAGACGUGGUGUUUUGGCACACAUUCGCGCUGACGCACAACCCGAGGCCCGAGGACUUUCCUGUGAUGCCGGUCGAGAGACUCAGCGUGCACUUUAAGCCAAAUGGAUUCCACGAGAAGAAUCCGGCCUUGGAUGUGCCUAGCUCGCAGCAGGCAGUGAAUAAGUCGACGUUGGUGGAGGAGGUGGCGAAAGCAGUGUGCUGUGCUGAAUCAAGGAGCGGGUUGUAAGUACCUAGACAUGAGAAGAGUGUUUGACAUUGAUGGAAUAACAAAGGGGUGAAUGAAAGAAAAGAGAGGCGAAUCAGAAAGGAGAUGAAGAAAUAUAGAGAAGGAGAAAGCAGAGAGAGGUGGCGCCGGAGAGGAUAAAUUAAGAAAGGCAAGAGAGAAGGACAGAUUAUAGAGGAGAGGAGAGGAGAAGAUAAGGAGAGGAUAAGGAGAGCGACGUCUGGGAUAUUGGAAUUGAAGAUGUGAUAUCAUGAUGAUACAUGGUGGUCGAAAAUCAUGGCAACUGCCAUAUCAGUCAGUACCUUCUUGUUCUUGAGAAAAGCACUUGGUACCAUGUAGAAGAGAAAGAACAAAUAUUACUAGCAUUUGAUUUGACGAAUUUAAAAAGAGAAAGAGAGACAGAAGAAUCAGUGAAAUGAGAACAAAUACAAGGCUCUAGAUGAUCAUCACAU